AUGGAAGCUAAAAAAAUUUUUAAUAAUAAUCACCCUGAUCAAAUUUUUGAUCAAAAUGAUGAUGAAUUAAAUCUAAAUUCUGAAAGAAAUUUAUUAAUUCAAUCAACAAUAAAUAAUGAUAAUGAUAACAAGUCAAGAAAAUAUGCGGAGACACCUUUACCCAAAUUACCAUUACUUAUAUUAAGUAUAGUGAUUAUUAGUGAGCCUUUUAAUUCAACUAUUUUAUUACCUUUUAUUUAUUUCAUGGUUCGUGAUUUUGGUGUAAGUGAUGAUGAUAAAGAAAUUGGUUUUUACGCAGGAUUAAUAGCAUCAUCUUUUUUCUUUGCACAAUUCUGUUUUUCAAUAUUUUGGGGUUACAUGUCUGAUAAAUUCGGUAGACGUCCGAUCCUUUUAUUUGGAUUAUUUGGAAAUAUGGUGACUUGCUUUAUGUUUGGUCUUAGUAAAAAUUUACUUUGGGCUAUUGCUUCUCGUUCAACCUGUGGAAUGCUAAAUGGUAAUAUUGGUGUUGCAAAAAGGCCUGUGAUUGGUGGGUUCUUAUCACAUCCUGCUGACAAUUUUCCAAAAAUAUUUGGCAAUUGUCCUUUCCUAAAGUCAUUUCCAUAUUUCCUUCCUUGUUUUGUUGCUUCAAUUGUUAGUUUUAUUGGGUUAAUUAUUGGAUAUUUUUAUUUGCCCGAGACACGAUAUAUGCAUGAUCAUCAAAAAGAAGAAGGAGAAGAAAGAUAUGUCGAUAUUGAAGAUGUUAUUGGUAUUUCAAGCAGAAAAAAUUUGAGUGGAAAUAAUUCAAUAAUCUCAUAUGGAGCUACUUCAAAUGUUGAUUCUAACAAUGGUAAUUAUAAUCAAUCACCUAAAGGAAAUAAUAUUAUACAAUCAUACAUUGAAGAAUAUCCAUGUUAUCCAGAAACAUCGUCAUCUUCAAAUCUACUAAAGGGCUUGUCAAAGAAUAAUGUCACCGACAUCAAAGUCAACAACAAGCAAAGUUUUAUUAUGAAAAAUGGCGAAGAAUCAAAAUCAAAAGCUAAAGUCAAAAUCUCACGAGUUACAUAUAGGUUUGCAGAAGUUAAAGAUGGAGGGUUAGGUUAUUCGUCAAUAAAGCUGGCUCAAAGUUUGGCUUUAAUGGGAAUUAUUCAAUUAGUUUCUCAAUUUCUGAUUUAUCCUUGGUUAAGAACUAAAGUAGAUUUGAUUAAAUUAUAUCAUAUAACAUUAAUAUCUUACGUUAUUUGUUAUUUGUUAUUUCCUUUAUUGAAUCGAUUAAAAAAAUCAUUUAUGAAUCUACCACUUGAAUCAGAGUAUGGUGAUGAUGAUGAAAUUGUUAAUAAUUCUGCUAGUUCUGAAACACUUGGUACUGUCAAUGGAAUAGGUCAGACUUCUUCAGCAUUUGUUCGUGCUAUUGGUCCAGCAUCGAGUGGAUCUUUAUGGUCUUGGUCAUUGACAAAUAAUUUAAGUUUUCCAUUCAACGAUUGUUUUGUAUUUAUUGUAAUGAGUCUCACUGCUCUAAUAGGAUCAAUUCAAAGCUUUACAAUACCGCCAGGGACUCCAAUACUUCCGUCAUAUAAACAAAUGAAAUUCAAGAACUCUUUGACUCAAUACCCGUUGCCAAUACUAACUCAAAAUCCCUCACAAUUGGCACGAGAUAUAUGA